ACGGCCGGGCACACUGUGUCUGGAACCUUUACGAAGCAGGUGCUGGUUUGCUGGAGGGACCGGAAAGGGCAAGGGACAGGAGCACCGGCGAUGCAGGGAGGUUGUGGGCUGAGGGUCGUGGGGACUCGCGGCUGGGGGCUAGCCGGGGUUCGCAGCGCGGGCCGAGGGGUCGGACCUCCGCGUGCAACAGCAGCAGAAGGAAAGCAAACCAAUAGAACUCAACAGAUGACACCUUGGCUAUUCAGUGACAAAGGAAUCAUGUGCUUAAAAUCUAACAACAUAAUCUUUGCCUAUUCAGAUAAAAUGAAAAGUUACAGGUAUGUUGGAAUGAGAUUGUACAGCACUUCAAAAACAGUGGAUCCAAAAGAGAUGAAAACAUUUAAGGCCCUGGCAUACAAAUGGUGGGAUGAACAAGGAGCAUAUGCACCUCUUCAUUCUAUGAACGACUUAAGGGUGCCAUUUAUUAGAGAUAACCUUUUGAAAACGGUUACUAAUCAUCAGUUGGAAAGCCCGUUGUCUGGAAUGAAGAUUCUGGAUGUUGGCUGUGGAGGUGGAUUGUUAUGUGAACCUCUAGGGCGACUAGGAGCUUUGGUUACUGGAAUUGAUCCUUUGAAUGAGAAUAUUAAAACAGCACAGCAGCACAAAUCAUUUGAUCCAGUCCUGGACAAGAGAAUCCAGUACAAUGCAUGUUCCCUGGAGGAUAUCGUAGAAGAGACUGUCGAAACUUUCGAUGCUGUUGUAGCUUCAGAGGUUGUGGAGCAUGUGAAUGAUUUGGAAACCUUUAUUCAGUGCUGCUGCCAAGUAUUAAAACCUGGAGGCUCUUUGUUCAUUACUACAAUCAACAAAACACAGCUUUCCUACGCCUUAGGAAUUAUUUUUGCAGAACAAAUUGCAGGCAUUGUACCUAAAGGAACUCAUACCUGGGAGAAGUUUGUUUCACCAGAAGAAUUAGAGAGCCUUUUAGAACCUAAUGGUUUUUUGGUCCAGACAAUAACAGGAAUGCUGUACAAUCCUUUCUCAGGCUACUGGAGAUGGACUGAAAAUACCAGCCUUAACUAUGCAGCUCAUGCCAUUAAAUCUAGUGCACCAGUGGAAACUGAAGAGCACCAUACUAAAACUCCUGGCAUAGAUGGCCAGGAAGCAUCUCAGAAAUGAAUCAGUUCUAUACAUUUUAGUAAUGUUACUUGCUAGUCUAAUGUUUCUGAAGGUAAAAACUUUUUAAAAAUUAACUUUCUAGAAGGAAUCAUGUAGGAAAAGAACAAAAACACAGGAAAAAAGUUUUUAUUCAAAAUUAUAGCUACCUUCACAUGCCUGUUUUAACGCUAAAAUCUUGGUUUUGCUAAAGUAAUAUAUAAGCUUAGAGGGCUUUCUUCAGGUUUGCAUGUC